UGCACAGAAACACCAAGUGAAUGUUCCCGGGCCCGGCUACAGAAUACAGAUACAGAAGUUGAUAAGGGAUCGUUUUCCUCUCUUAUUGUUUUUAUUAUUUAUCAUUGAUUUUCAUUUAUCAAUUUAAUUAUUAAUAACUGAGUUAAUCUUGUCAGCCUCUUUCACGGCUAAACACAGUAAACUAUUAUUUUAGUAAAUUAAAGUAAAAUUUCAUUUUUAGAGGAAACAAUUUUUAGACGAGGUAUUUCGUGUUUAUUCUUAAACAUGGGAAAGAGAAAGAAAGGAGCUUUGCAAGUAAAGAAAGGAGACAAAGUCGAUUUAAAUGAAACCGAGUCAUCUGGAGUAGACAAAGGUGGGAAUGUGCAGCUCGGUGAAAUGUCGAAAGGAGUCGAGACUAAGCCGAACUUCGCCCGAUUGACUCGAUCACAGGAGGAUGAAUUGCAAAGAGAUGAAUCAAAGAAGUCCAAAUGGGAGCCGGAAAAUUGGCGAUUAGUCUUGGAAAACAUCAGGCGGAUGAGGAUGGAAAACGAUGCUCCUGUCGACACCAUGGGUUGUCACAAGUGUCACGAUACGGAUGAAGUACCUGAGGUGCAAAGGUAUCAAAUAUUAGUUGCUCUAAUGUUGUCUAGUCAGACAAAAGAUGAGGUAACAUACGCAGCAAUGCAGCGAUUGAGAGUACACGGAUUGAACAUCGAAAACAUCUUGGCAACAGAUGAUACGGUGUUGGGCGAACUGAUCCACCCUGUCGGUUUUUGGAAGAGUAAGGUCAAGUAUAUAAAGAGAACAACAGAAAUGCUUAAAAGUGAUUUUUCUGGUGAUAUUCCAAAUACGAUUGAAGGGCUAUGCAAGUUGCCUGGAGUUGGGCCAAAAAUGGCUCACAUUUGUAUGAAAGUUGCCUGGGACACUGUGACUGGAAUAGGCGUUGACACACAUGUACAUAGGAUCUCGAAUCGAUUAGGUUGGGUAAGGGAACAGACGAAAACACCGGAAAAGACAAGAAUUUCCCUUGAAGAAUGGCUGCCGGAAAACCUAUGGGCUGAAGUCAAUCACAUAUUGGUAGGUUUUGGUCAAAAAACCUGCCUUCCUGUCAAUCCUCUUUGUUCUCAGUGUUUAAAUAAUAAAAUAUGUCCUUCUGCGUUUAAAAAAAAAUCCAAAAAGUAAUAAUUUAUUUGUAAAUUGUAAUUUAUUUUUAUAAACUAUGUGAUAAUUCAGUUUUAUACUAUCAUUAGCUUGUACAAUUUAAUUUUUAUAUUUUGUAUUGUUUAAAAUGACAACCAAGUUCAAUAUUACUUCAUUAAAAUUGUUAAAACAAUAUUUGAGUUAACCCCUCUCAGUUCUUUACCUUCUGCUAAGGCCGAUAUUGGUCAGAUCAAUCCAGUCAUUUGCUCUUAAAUAAAUUGAUAUUUUGUUCUUCGUCUUUGAUUAUGUUGAAAUAUAUUGGUUUGUGUUAUU